AUGUCCAAAAUUAUAAAAACUGAGGUAAGAACCCUUCAUAAUUAUAUAUGGCGUAUGUAGGGAGGCUAUGCAGUCUCAAGCACAUAUUUAAUUAUUUAAUUGUAUUCGGCAAGAUUUUGUUAACCCAGAAAAUGUAGAAUUUCCAUUUUAUGGGAUUUUUGUAUGAGCAGUAUGCAGCAGUAGUCCAUCCAAAAACUUGAGCCUACAAGGUAAGGAGGAGGCUAAGUCAUAUAACCCAAAUUCAUAGGUACCAUGGGAUCAGGAGAUGAAGAAGAGCAACAUAGUGCUUGAGCCAACUUUUCGAGCGAAUUUAUCAUCCUAACUCAAACAAGCUCUUCCUAGCGACGCCACAAAUCGGGUCAAUCCUCUAGAGGAUCCUUGUUGACUGCAUUAACAAUAUGGCCUCAGCCAAACCUUUUAUAAGUAAACUUGAAUAAGGACCCUUCACUUCAAAAAAGGCUAUGGUAAGACUACAACCCAACAAAUUGUUGAACCAAAUUACAAUAGAAAAUUAGGCCACUAUCAAUUGCCUGGGGACUAUCAAUACACGCCUGACGAACAAAAUAAAGUAAUGAACUACUUUUCUUUCAUAAAGGAAGCAAAAGAACUUUUUAACGAAAUGCCAGAAGUAAAUCAUGUUUAUAUAAAACAGCAUAAAAAUUAUGCAAGAGUCAUCGAGAUUCUGAAGAUGGACUCUCUCGACCUAAAUGUAUUCUAAACAAAUUAUGUUAAAAUCCCUAUUUUUUCAUAAAUAUAAAAUUAUCUUUUUUAGGAAAGCAGCAUAAGCCAUCAUAAAAUAUAAUGUCAAAGUUUUGAUGCACAAUCAAAACUUAGUAAAUGAUUUGAUUCAGAAAUCUAAGGAAACUUUAGAUCAGCCUAGAAAAAUUUUAUGUGUCAGAGAAGAAGAUGAUGAAUUCGAUGAAGAAUUUACUGAAAGCGGCUGGGAAAAAGAAUUUUCUAGUGCAAUAAAAUGCUUAAAAGGAUUACCGAAUUUUCACAAAUUGCAGGUGAAGCAAAAUAUAUUAAAAGCAAGAAAAAGCAACAUAUUUCUAUAA